UCAUAUUUCAGAAGUGUCAGAGAAAAAAGUAAACAUUUAUUUUAUUACAAAAUCUUUGAAUUUAACAUUUCAUUUGAUGAUAAAUAAUUAACUAAAGUCAUAUAAAUAAGGAUAUAUCAGACGUUUUUAUACCCCAGCUUGUUUUUGCGUUUAUCUCAGUAUAAACGGUGACUGUUUCAGAAGCAUUUCAAUCACACAUAGUACAUAAUUUGAAAAAUGAUGAUAUCGGAGCUUCCAGGAGACGAGAACUCAGCUCCAACAUGUAGGACGUAUGUUUUCCAAAAUGAGAGCCACACACUAGGAAAUGCCUUAAAAUGUAUUAUCAGUAGAUAUGAGGAUGUAGAAUUCUGUGGGUACACUGUACCUCAUCCAGCAGAAUCUAAAAUGCACUUCAGGAUACAAGCACAUGAAACACCAGCGCUAGAAAUACUAAAAAGAGGUUUGAAAGACUUAGAAAAAGUAUGUGACCACACAAUAGAUUUAUUCGAAAAAGAAGUAAAUGAUUUUGGGAAAGCAUAAA